AACACUAAAAUAAUAUAAUUAAAAAGUUCCUCCUAGUUUUCAUCACUCUCUUCUUCUCUCUCAUCGCCGAUUUGUGAUUCACGCGAGAAACGAGAGAGAGAGAGAGAGAGAGAGAAAGAGUGGCGAUCGCAACCGCCGGCGCUGACGGAAGUCAUACACAGAGCUGAUCCGACAGGAAGGUGGACAUUGUCAGCAAAUGGAAUAGGCCUAGAUGAAUAGAAUGUUACUGGCAGUUUAAGGAGGUGGUUUCUUCUCAGCUUCCGCGUCUAAGGGAUUGACAUUGACCCUUCUUCUCUCCCGAUAUAUAGAUAGGCCCAUGAGAGUUGUCCCCUUGAAUCAUUACCAGCUGCUUCUUGUUGACCCUCUUCUUCAGCUGGAUUCCAUCAAGAACCGAGUUUCCCGCGGUUGCGCUUCCUUUUCUUGUUUUUCUUGUGGCGGCGCUUCCGCGGGACUUGACACCACCACAACAACCACCCCAUGUCCUCUUAAAGUCGAACCUUUGAAGCAGCCCGUUGUAUCGACUUCACCACCAGAGUCUGUUGCUGUUCCUGAGAAUGGCAAAGACCACCACGACGCAAAUAAAGCUGAUGAUAAUGAUGAUAACACCAGCAAAGAAGAGGCUUUCAAACUCUCGUUGAGGAGCAGCUUGAAGAGACCGCCCUCUGUUGCGGGGCCACCACGCUCUCUUGAGGAUAUUAAAGAACACGAGACGUUGAGCGUCGACGAUGCUAGCGACCUCGCCGGUGGAGACGAUACGGGAAGGCGGAAAGUGCAGUGGCCAGAUGCUUGUGGUAGCGAACUCACUCAAGUUAGAGAAUUUGAGCCCAGUGAGAUGGGAUUGUCAGAUGAAGAAUGGGAGACCGGAGAACACAGGACAUGCUCAUGUGUAAUCAUGUAGAUCAAGAAAUCAUCGGUUAUCAUUCGUUUUACUCUUUGCGUGUAUCUCUCUCACAGUUUUCAAAAAUGUGUAUUUAGUAUAUGUUGUUAUUACAAAAAAAAAAAAAACAAAGGGUCUCAUCAAGGUUUUGUUGGCUUUGUACAUUUCCCCCCCCCCCCCCCCCCAUGUUUUUGACUGGCAAACUACUUAUUCACAGUUUCUUUUCCUCUC